AUGUCUCCUCCUCGCAAGGCGCUCAUCAGCAUCACUUCGGCCCAGGCCACACUCUUCCAAGGAAAAGAGACGACUGGACUUUUCAUCAGCGAAGCUCUUCACCCAUUCAAAGUUCUCACUGCUGCGGGCUUUGAAGUCGAUCUCGCCUCCGAGACAGGAGAAUACACUCCUGACUGGCUGUCGCAACAGCCAGACUUUCUCAAUGGCGAUGAUCUCAAGACCUGGAACGAUCACAACAGUGACUUUCGCCGAAAGCUAGACAAUCUACACAAGGCCGCCGACUUAGAUGUAUCCCAUUAUGGCAUCUUCUACGCCUCUGCUGGCCAUGCCGCUCUGAUCGACUAUCCCACUGCAUCCUCCUUGCAGAAAAUCGCCGAGGAAGUCUGGGCAAACGGUGGUGUUGUUGCCUCGGUAUGCCACGGUCCUGCAAUAUUUGCCAAUCUUCUCGAUAAAGCAACUGGAGAGCCUAUCAUCAAAGGCAGAAAGAUUACUGGAUUUACCUCUGAAGCCGAGGACACUAUGGGAAUCAUGGCUGAGCUUCGGAGUUGGAAUUCUGAGCUGGUCGAGGAAAUUGCCAAACGUCUUGGGGCUACUUAUGAGCGUUCCGCUGGAGUUUGGGAUGACUUCCACGUCGUUGAUGGCCGUCUGGUGACAGGCCAGAAUCCUGCCAGCGCAGCGUCAACUGCCCAGGCAGCGGUUGAGGUUUUUGAGGGUUUAUGA